UGCAUAUAUAAAAUCAGCAGUUCCAAAAAUAAUUAUGAGAGCUCUCAAAAAGAAUAUCAAAGGAGAAUAAUGGAGAAGGAAGAGUUCUUGAGGAGUGGCCAUGGAAGAGAAGAAAGAAUCGACGAGAUGAGAAAUCUUGAUUCUCAUCAAGAACACGACCAUAUUAUUAGAUCCAAGUUGGACUCAAUUAAAGUCGAAAUGGAGGAGGCUAAAGAGGAAAACCGAAGGUUAAAGACAUCAUUGAGUAGGACAAAAAAGGAGUUUGAGAUCCUUCAAACACAAUACAACCAAUUAAUGGCACAACAUGAAGGCCAUCAUCAACACAAAGAAGAAGAUGAAGACAAAGAAAAAGAACUUGUCUUAUUGAGCUUAGGUAGACGGUCAAACUCACCGGUUCCUAGUGGCUCAAUGACGAAUAGAGAAGAGAAAAAGAAAGAUUUAAUGGAGGAAACCGAUGAUGGCAAGAAAAUUAAUGAACAAGGGUUAAGUAUGGGAUUUGAAUACAAAGAUUUGAGUAGUGAGAAGUUAGAGUUUGACCAUAAUCAAGAAAAGACUUCUUUGGAGGUUAGUAACAGUAAUAAGAUCCCAUCAGAGAAUAGUUUUGGGUUUAAGAAUGAUGGAGAUGAUCAUGAAGAUGAAGAUGAGCUUUUGCCUCAAAACAUUGCUAAGAAAACUAGGGUUUCUGUGAGAGCAAGAUGUGAGACACCAACGAUGAACGAUGGAUGUCAGUGGAGGAAAUAUGGCCAGAAAAUAGCUAAAGGGAAUCCAUGUCCUCGAGCUUAUUAUCGUUGUACCAUUGCACCUUCUUGUCCCGUAAGAAAACAGGUGCAAAGAUGUUCAGAAGAUAUGUCUAUACUCAUCUCAACUUACGAAGGAACACACAGCCAUCCACUUCCCAUGUCAGCAACCGCCAUGGCCUCCGCCACUUCAGCCGCAGCCUCCAUGCUCCUCUCCGGAGCCUCCUCCUCCUCCUCCUCAGCCGAUCUUCAUGGCAUUAACUUCUCUCUCUCCAGCAACAGCAUCACUCCAAAAACAUUCCUCCAAACUUCUCCUCCUUCUUCUUCAGGCCAUCCCACCGUCACUCUCGACCUCACAACCUCCUCUUCCUCCCAGCAACCUUUCAUAUCAAUGCUCAAUAAGUUCAGUGCUCCUCAUAGUAAUGUCUCAAGAGCUACUAGUUACCCUUCAACUAAUCUCAACUUCUCAAACAACACCAACACAUUGAUGAACUGGGGAGGUAGUGGUGGUAGUAAUCGUAGUGAGCAAUACCGUGCACCUUACGGCAACAUUAGCACGCAUCAACAAUCACCUUACCAACAUAUGAUUCAAACCCGAACCGCUGGAUUAUCUUUUGACCCAUUUGGAAGAUCUUCCUCAUCUUCUCCACACCUUGAUCCCGUAAAUUUCAAGAAUAUUACUCAUCAAGUGCAAUCUUUACCAGCAGAAACAAUCAAGGCAAUCACGACAGAUCCAAAUUUCCAAUCUGCUUUGGCGACUGCUCUAUCUUCCAUCAUAGGCGGCGACUUAAAGAUAGAUAAUAUGACUAGAAAUGAAGCCGAGAAGAGCCCUUGAAGUAAGGGCUUAUCAUGUUCUUAUAUAAUACAUUGGUAUAUCUGUUUAGUUUUACUAGUUUCCUAGUUCAUCAUACUUUGGUUUUUAAUCAUGAUUUUAAUUUGUUGUUGGAGUUUAUGGAAGUAAUGUGUACAUACCAAUAAACUCUCUUUUUUUUUAUUCGAAAUGUGUACAUGUCAAACUUAAAACGAAUA